UUCCUUCCGCCAAAGGGAAUGAACAGGUAAGUGGCUUUUCUCGCUUCUCCUGAUCACCUGUCAUCAGGCGUGGCGACGCCCUCAAUCACCGACUCCUCUGAUGCACUGACACGGCUAAUGACAGGAAAUGAGUUAAUCGCCGGUAAUCAGCUCCUUAUUAAUUACGUUUCCAGCGCCUUAAUUAGCUCCUGGCCGCCCGCCCGGCGCGCCUGCGCGCACCCCGACGUACCUAUAAAACUCUUGGCCUCGAAGGGUCCUCACGCCGCAGCCAUGGCGCCCUCUCGCUCUCGCCUCGCCGUGCCCCUGGCCCUCGCCGCCCUCGCCUUCGGCGCCGUCCUGCGGGCGUCGCUCGCGGCCGCCGCCUCGCCCUUCCUCCUGCCGGGGGAGCGCGAGCGGGAGCUGCACCUCCGCCUCAACGCGCAGGACGCCCACGUCGCCAAGCGGCUGGACAACCAGUUCCACGUGGACAUCCUGCGCUUCUACUCGGAGCGGGAGGUGCAGGAGGCCACCCAGGAGGAGUACACGUCCAUCCCGCACCCGAUCACCUACACCACGCAGCUGCUGCAGCAGGGCGUCAACUGCUCCAGCCUGCAGUCGGAGCUGCACGAGAACUACAUCGACCCCGAGGUCCUGCUCUACCCCGAGUGGAUCUACGAGUCCAAGCUCAUCGGCGACUGCCCCACGCACUACAGGACGCGCGAGCUGCCGCCCAAGUACUCGCCGGCGAUCGUGCUGGAGGCCGAGUGCGCCUGCAGGGAGUCCCAGUGCUCGCGCAGCGGCCACCAGUGCGUGCCCGUGUCGCUGCACAUGCCCGUGUGGGUGCGGCGGGGCCCCAACCUGCACGUGCUCGACGUCGAGGAGGUCACCGUGGCCUGCGCCUGCGCCAUGCGGCCCAGCUUCCAGGGCAACUUCAUCUUCUCGGCGGCCAUCCAGAGCUAG